AUGCCCAAGGCUACAAAGAAGAAGAAGGAGAAGGUCGAGGACUUCAAGAAAGCAAAGCUCAAGCUCGGAAAGGGCAAGAAGCCGGCCUCGAACGGCACCGACACGUCGUUCAAGGCGCGAUCCAUUGCCCUCCCGUCCCAGAAACCCCUAGCUCGUGCGCUCGCAAACAAGCAGGCCGAAGACGAUGGCGAGGACGACGGGCCCGCCGGCGAGCCGACGACUGCCGCCGGCCUGACCAUUGACGACGUGCUCAUCCAGCUGCGCCAUGCCAACGCCGGCGUGCGCCGCGAGGCCGUGCACCACCUCAAGGAGGUGCUUGUUGCGGGCAUGAACAUGGGGAUCAAGAUGGGUCAGCGGCCAGGCGAGGUCGCCAAGGUCGUGCGGGCCAUCGGCGGGCUGAUUGCCGACGAUGACGCGUCCGUCCGCAAGGCGCUGCACGACUUCCUGGGAUGGUACCUCGCGCGACUUCCCAAGCGCGCGCUGUCACCCUACCUCGGUCUCCUCCAGCUGCAGAUCUCGUCGGCCCUCUCGCACAUCUUCCCGGCGGUCCGACUAGACGCGUGCAAGCUCGUCGAGCUGCUGCUCGAGACGCACCCCGCCGAGAUUGUCGCCAAUUGGCCCACUCCUGCAGUUACAAGCGAGAGCAACGCGUCGCGCAUCGUCCCUACGCAGGGCGACUCGACCGUGUUCGAGGGGCUGCGGCUGAGUGCCGGCCUGGGUGAGGAGAAGGGUGCGAGCACGCAGGCUGGCUUCCGCAUGACACCGGCGUCGAAACUCAUCAUUCUGCGCACGAUUAAAAUGUUCAUCGCACAGGCGCUGCGUCCGACGCUCGACCGCACGAAGAAUGUGCUCGACGCUGGGCGGGGACCCGCUGCUCCGCUGCUGGGAGAAUUCACCGCCACAGAGCUGAGCCUCCUGCCUCCUGGCCAGCAGUGGUCACUGGACGCUGGCGAUUUUGCAUUGGAAUGGUCUGCAGAAUUCCAGCCAACAAAAUCCCGUGGGCAGGACGGAGUGUUGAGUGACGCGGCUUUGGAGGAGCUUGCUAAAGCUUACCUCUCCUUGCACUCGCUCCUCCUCUCGACUUUCAUGGAGUCGGCCCCCAGUGUCUUUGGCCCUUCGCAAUCAGCACCAGCUUCUGACGACAUUUAUCUCAACUUGUGCUCAGUAUGCGCCGAGCUUGAGUGUAUUGUCGCCCAAGUCCUACUCGGACACCCAGAAUUCCACACCUUGUCCGAGGCAAGCCAACUCCGCUCUAGCUUGUCAGAAUUCCUCAAACGCAUGACGGCUUGGUUCCCUUUCAACAAGGAUUCGACGGCGGCGAGUGAUUCCUCGGCGAUCCUCUUUGGACUGUCCCUCAGCUACGUAAAGCUGGCGUCAAUACUCGCGCCCAAACCACCGACGGUCGUUCUUCGGUCCGGGAAAAUGGCAAAGGACUUUGGAUGGCGUCAGCGGGUUCGAGCCAUCGAGACGUCAUGGAAGGCUGCUGCCCAGCCACAGGGCAAGAACACAGGCGCCGAGGAGGUGGCCUUCAACUUGGCGUCGGAGUGGCUCGAGGAGAGUCUUGAACCAAAUACCGACGUCCUCGCACCUCCGAUUAGCCUAUCAGCCUACGAGGAGCUUUUACCCGUGAUUUGGACGUUGCUGCUAACGGCACGCAAGGACGGCGCCAAGGAAGACGGCUUGCGCGUCGACGAGGCGUUCAUGUCCGGGCUCUUGUCGCUGGGCUCGGCGAGUGGCAAACGUCGGGUCGGUGACGCCUUUGUCGUGCGCCUGAUCGAGCAGCACGAAGACCGUUUCUCUACGCUCCCAUUUUUUGUGCCUGUCAGGUCCGCUCUUCGGUCCCAGAUUGAACUUUGGUUCAGCUCGGUGCCGCGAAGCCUGUGGGAAAUCGGGGCAAAGGACGACGAGGCGACGACGGGCUUGCUGCGCUUCCUGCUCGAAAUCGGAAGGCGGGGGCCGUUGGCGUACGAGGCGCCGUAUAGCCUCAUUGACGUCAAGACUUUCCCCGCCCUUGCCGCCAAGUUGGCGCCCUUCUUCCAUCUGCAGCACCCCGUCAAGGGCAGCGUCGAGGGGCCGUGGGCCAAGUUGGCCUCGGCCAAGACACAGAAGCUUGCCCUCGAUGUGGCGCGCAUCUGGCACACGUUUGACGACACUGGCCGCCUCGAUGACGCCGUGUCCAUUGUGGUGCAGUCGCAUGCCUGGGCACACAGCUACUGGCACCGAACAUAA